UCUCAAGGCCCCCAACUUCCCUAUCCGCAAAAUGCGGUGGUUGAUCCUUCUCCUACUGGCUGUGGGCAGCCUGGCCCAAGAAUGGGACGCCUACAACUUCCCGAAUCCCACUGCUGGUCAAUUUCGAGAAUGCAAAAUGAGGACAACUGCCAAUAUUUGCGAUCCUGAUGGUGUACUAUCCGAACAAGCUCGAUAUAGGCUUGAUCACGAUCUCAAACAACUAGAAAGAGUGACAGCGGCUAUGGCUAUAGCACGACAUGUAAAGGGAGCUUCUACAGAGGUAGUUUGUCAUUUUUUAUAAAU